CAGGGGACGAUGGGGGAGGGCAUUGGGCAUUCACCACCACCUCUCGCUCUUUUCUGGCAGUGCCCAACACAGCCGCACAGCCAAAUCACACAGGAUAUGGGCAAAAAAACAACUUCUUCUCCAGUGAAGCUGGACUGAGAAUUGCAGCAGCUGAAUUGGCGGACUAGCUUUUCUGUUAAUCCAGCUGACAGCAUAAGGAGCACAAGAACGAUCUGCUGGACUGCACGAUAGCAGCUGGGGUUGGACUUGUAUCAGGUUGUUUUUUUCUUCCCCAGUAGCAACAUCAGGCCUGUUGCUGAAAGAGGUUUCACUGCAGGAGUUAUGUCCUUGUGUCUUUGAGGAUGUGAGGAUGCCAUCUUCGCAGGGACUUUGAUGAAAAAAACUAUUUUGUGCUGGAGAUUCAUGGGCAAAUGUAGAGUCAUGGGAGUCAGGGAGAAGGACUUCAGAGGCACACCGACGUCCACCAAAGGGAUGAACCAGAAUGGAGCCUACAGCUACUUCCUCAACAUGGUGGCCUAUCAGGCAUGCUGCUGCUGUGGGCCGGCUCCAUGCUCGCUCUGCUGCGCCUUCUGCCCGCCAGUCAAAUCCUCGACCAGCACGAGGGUCAUGUACACCCUCUUCCACAUCUUGGCCUGUGCAGUCUCCUGCCUCAUGCUGUCCCGCACCGUCUCUGAGCUUGUCAGGGAAAACGUGCCUUUCUUCAAUAUGGUGUGCGACCAGGCGCAUGGGGGAGGGCACUGUGAGAUGCUGGUGGGCUACUCAGCCGUCUACAGAGUCUGCUUUGGCACCGCCUGCUUCUAUCUGAUGAUGGCGGUCUUCCUCAUAGAUGUCAAAUCCAGCCAGGACUUCAGAGCUCUCAUACAUAAUGGGUUCUGGUUUCUGAAGUUCAUCACCCUUCUUGGGAUGUGCACUGCUGCCUUCUUCAUCCCAACAGAGUCCUUCCUGCAUGCUUGGCAUUACGUUGGUGUGGUGGGAGGAUUUGCCUUCAUCCUCAUCCAACUCAUCCUCAUCACAGCUUUCGCACACACCUGGAACAAGAACUGGUUGACAGGAGCGGCGGAGAACAAGCGCUGGUACCUGGCAGUGAUGUGUGCCACCCUGUUCUUCUACACCAUUGCCACCAUGGCCUUCACCUUCAUGUACAAGUACUACACACAUCCCAUCGCCUGCCACUUCAACAAGGCCCUGCUCUGGAUCAACCUGGGCCUCUGUGGCAUCAUGUCCUUCAUCGCAGUCACGCCAUGCGUGCGGCAGAAGCAGCCUCGGUCGGGGCUCCUUCAGGCCUCCAUCAUCAGUUGUUACGUCAUGUACCUCACUUUCUCAGCGCUGUCCAGCCGUCCACCAGAAAGAGUGGUGUACCAAGGCAAGAACAUGACCGUGUGUUACCCCAACGUGGGCCCAGACGGCAUCCAGAACGAAGGCAAUGCAGUGGCCAUCAUCGGUGCUGCCAUCAUGUACUGCUGUGUUCUCUUUGCAUGUAAUGAAGCGUCUUACCUGGCAGAGGUGUUUGGUCCGUUUUGGAUGAUCAAAGUUUACCGCUACGAGUUCCAGAAAGCAUCCUGCUGCUUCUGCUGCCCUGAGGAACAGGAAGCAGAAGAAGAGUUUGUGAUGGAUGAGGAUAAUAAAGGCUGUCAGAAUGUUAUUCACAACGAGACCCAGAGAGUGGCUUACAGCUACUUCUUCUUCCAUUUCGUCUUCUUUCUGGCGUCUCUGUAUGUCAUGAUGACCCUCACUAACUGGUUCAGCUAUGAGUCAGCAGUCUUGGAGACCACCUUCACCCACGGCAGCUGGUCUACCUUCUGGGUGAAGAUGUCGUCCUGCUGGGCCUGUGUGAUUCUCUACCUCUGGCUGCUGCUGGGACCUCUGUGUAGCUGCCGGUCCGACUCCAGACCUCGCCGCUCCCGCAUUAAACGCCGCGCAGUGUCCUCCCGCCACAUCGCUGUCAGCGUCUGACCCUCUCUGUGAAGGGCCGAGGACGAUGAUGGAGGGUGUGGAUCGCUGUGGGCGAGGGGUCAGAGGAAGCCAACCCUCCCCUGCAGGGCCGGGAGGGAGGUGAUUUUCAGGAAUGGUCACCAGGGUCAGUGGUCACCGACUCACAACCCUGUGAGAGGGGAAGGUGACUGGACCAGUCAGGAGCCUCAGUUCACAAUGAAAUCCCACUGCUGACAUGUGGAUGACUGGACACGCUUGUGGUGUCACAAGCCUGAAACCAUAAAAUCAAACCGCUAAGGAGGACUGGGCUUUGAAACACUUACAAAUUGCCAAAGGGAUAAGAAGGGGCUAGAGCUCUCAUUGUAGUUAGGUUGAGAGCUAGAUAAGAAACUAGGUAAAUACAUUUCUGAAUUUUAACUCUUUAAGUUUAGAAUUAAUUUCCAUUUUGGCUGUAAAAAGAUAGUAGUCUUUUAAUAUAAUAUUACAGUAAGGGUAGAUUAGGCAGUAGUUAUUGCUCUUUAAUUAAACAUGUUAUCUUUGACUAAUGAAGUAUUGUCCCUAAAAUAGAAAAUACUCUUAGUCCUGUGACAUUAGGCAGGCCAUUGCUAGUUGUGAACAUGAACAAAUCUCUCCCAAAGUUGAAAACCACAGAAGCCAAGCGCUAGCUGCGCCAGCUGAGUUCAAACAUAGCCUUUAAGAGUCUAGCUCUUGUCAUAACUUACUAAAGUAGAAGUGGCUGCACCAUUAAAAACUGUUACAGCCCCAGGAAACUAAAUAUUUAUGCAAUUCCUCUAUGCUGUUGCAAGGCAAUGUGCAAAUGACACAGUCAGGAGAUUUUUUUGUCUGCACACAGCAUCAUGUUUUGGGAGAAAUCAUUUGCAAACUUAUAUGAGAAGUCUAUGACUUCUCGUAUGCCAGUCAUGCCUAACGUAUGCCAGUCAGCAAGCAACUUAACACAGUUACCAUGACAAUAGAUCACUAUGAUUGAUUGUUGAUUGGCUACUGGUCAUGCAGCUACCCACUGGUUACAGACCAACUAGUGGCUCUGAAACAUCGUCUGAGGAGUUUACACACGUAAAACCUAGGUGCUGCAACCCGGCUCAAAACUCCAGUUUGAACGAGCUCCUCCGUUGACAAUGAAUGGAACGCCGACAUUGUGAAUGCACAGAAUAACUGAGCUUUAUUUCAUUCAGUGCUAUCAGUUACAAACCAGAAAAUGUGCAGCUAAAACCCUAAAAUGUCACUGGAAACUUUCUUUGCGUUGACAAACUUGGCCUCCCAUUUACUGCCAAUGGAGCGACUCUGGGGUUGGUUUUCUUCUCAGCCUAAAACCAAAGAGAGACUUUGCUUGUGUUCAUAAUUCAAGACUGAACUGUCCGAGAUGAUAGGGUUAACAAAUUGUCUUUUAGGAUUUUCUCUUUAACAUCAUUCUACUGUAAAACAAAUACAAAGAGGAGACUCAGUGCAGAGAUCUCAAAAGACGUUGGAGAAACAUUUUAACACAGAUUCGGCGAUAGAGGGUCUGACGGGACGACUGAAAGGCAGCUAAAUAGUUUGUUGUUCUUCAAAGGUCAACAUAAGAUUGGCUAACUUUGGGAGCAAGAAGAACUUUUUAUUCUGAGUUACAAUGAGGAACAAGUUGCACACUUGCAUUUUUGUUUUCUGUAUAUCAACUGUUUCUAUCUCAUUGACGUCCUGAUAAAAGUUACUGACUGUAACUUCGUUUACAUGAAGUUUUUAAAAAUUGUCAGUCAAUUUUAAUACAUUUUUGAAAGAUUAAUUGAUACCAGGAGUAAUCAAAGACGGAACUCCAGAAAUUAUGGAAAUGAUGCCUUUGUAUAAAAUAGUGGUGUCUGUAAAAGACACUGUGCAGAAGUACAUUGUAGACCUAAAAUAAAAUAGAGCCCCCCAUAGAGCUCCUGGUAUUAGUGUGUACAGAUCAGGGCCCCUCUGUUCUUAAGGAGAAGUGAACCGAAGAGCUGUGAUGACUUAUUUGCAGUUGAUGAGCAGUAAUCAUUCGGCUGCAACUGUUGCAUUAUUUGUAGUUCAGUUAAAUGUUUCCUUGACGGUAAAUGUAAAGUUAUUUUUGUAAAUACAUUGUUUUCUUACAAAGC